ACUACACUGUCAGAAAAUAAUUUCAUUGUUUCUUUAAAAAAUCAUAAACAGUAAACAUGGCGACGGAGGAAGAUUGUCCGUCGAAAAUUAGCGUGAAUAACAAUAUAGAAUGGAACGUUCACAAUGAAGUUAAAUUAUUGUUAGCAUUGAUGGGCCACAAACCUGUCGGUGUUACCAAGCAUUUUCAUAUGGCUUGUAUACUGGAAAAAUUCUCAGAGGCUGUGAAAAGAGAUGAUAUAUCCUCACAAGUAAUUUGGGAUCGAUUGGAUACAAUGUAUGAUCUGCAGGCAUUGGAAGAAACAGAGGUUCUACCUUUUCCUAAUGAGACUGAAGACUUCUCUCUCCCUCAGUCUCAAUAUGGUCCUUUACUUGUUCUUAAGAAAAGUACAAAAAUGCCUCCUCCACCAGCUCCCUCCCCCCCUCUAGAUAUUAAGAAAGAAGAUUCAAAAGAUUUCAAGAAAGAGGGCAACAAAGAAAUAAGUAUUAAAAAAGAAUUAAAGGACACAUCAAAGAAAGAGGAAAAGAAAAGCAAUUUACGUGAACCCAAGAAAGAUUUGAAAGAAGAAUCAAAGAAAGAUAAAAGACUAUCGAAAGAAUUAGUGGACGUGAAAAGAGAAAAAGAUACACCUAAGGGGAAAGAAAUAGUCAGCAAGGAUGUCAGAUUACCCAAACGAGCCUCCAUCAUGAGAGAUGAUGAAGAUUCUUCAGUAAGUUCUACAGGUUCCACUAAAAGAAGCAGAGAUAAUUCUGACGAUGAUGCUGUCAGCACACCAAAACGAGGAGCUGCAACUACAGUUAGCAACCAAUCUGCAAAUGGCAAAGGCAAACGUCAGACCCGAUUUUCACAUGCGAAAGCCAGUGAUGAUUCAGGAUCCAAUAAGUCAAUUAGUCCAUUAACCGUACCACCGCCUGCAACAAAACGGCGCAGCAGGCUUAUGUAGGGUAAUCCAAUUAGAUAUCUGACCUCUAUAAAUGUACGAGAAGCUCAUUUGAGUGUAUCUUUGUUGUGUUAUAUUUCAAGUCUUGACAUAAGUAUGUUAGGAUAACUUAAGUUAUGAGACUGAUGGAGUGUGCUAAAGGAUGAUGAAGUUUUCCUCGGUUGUGGGGAUAAAAUUGAUUGUUUCAUAUGUUUUAAGGAUAAUUGGCCUCAUACUUUCGAUUAUUUUUUUUUAAUCUUCAAAUUAUCUGCUUUUUAUUAUGCCUUUGAGCAUCCGGACAGUAUGAAUUUAAAUGUAAUUUAUUUUCUGCUGGUAUACUUUUCCUUUCUAUUUCAGAAUCAACAGAAAAUGACAACCUGUUUUAGCUAAAUAUUGUUUUAAAGAUUGCGGUUUCAUUCUCUUGGUUUCUGAAAUGCACGAUGUUAGUUAAUGCCCAGGUGCGUCAUGUCAACUUACAGCCAUUUUCCAAUACUGUAGAGUUUUCAACUUAAGUCUAUCAUUUAAUUUUCAUAAUAUUUUUGUCGUCAAGACAGGACUAAGAAAAUUAAUCCGUUUCCAAUUUGACAGUAAAGGUAUACUUGAAGUAUUGUAUGUUAAGUGACGAUCUGAUAUAACUCCCAUUCCAGUAA